AUGAUGAAGGAUUGCAUUGAGUAUUCCAAGGGAUGUGAGGCUUGUCAAAGGCAUGGUCCAAUCCAGCAGGCCCCUUCAGUCCCUAUGAAUCCAGUAGUCAAGCCAUGGCCUUUCAAAGGAUGGGUAAUGGAUCUCAUUGGCAAGAUUUAUCUGGCCAGUAGCAAACAACACUGCUUCAUCAUUGUAGCCACAUACUAUUUCACUAAAUGGGUGGAAGCCAAGCCUGUUAAAUCCAUUACAUCUCAAGAGAUCAUCACCUUCAUAGAAGAACAGAUUAUCCAAAGAUUUGGCAUUCCAGAAUCAAUCACAACAGACAGAGGAUCUUCUUUCAUAUCCGAAGAAAUGCUAGAUAUGACUUCAAAGAGAGAAGCAACUGGCAUGACCCCAUAUGCUCUAACUUAUGGUCAUGAUGCAAUUCUGCCUAUGGAAAUAGCAAUCCAAUCUCUCAGAAUUGCUCAACAACACAAUCUGACUAGAUCAGACUACUCUCAAGCCAUGUUGCUAGAACUAGAAGGAUUGGAUGCAAGUAGAAUUGAUAUCCUCAACAAACUCUUAGCAGGAAAAUAG